AUGGUACUGCAGAACCAGACUGGCAGGAGAGGAAAUAUCAAACAAGAAUUGGGCAGAGAGGCAACAAAUGUCAAAGUACAGAGGUCCAGUAAUGGGUUCAGGGUUUAUGACAGGGAGGAGAAAUUUCUCAACUCAAAUGAAAAGAAGACAUUUUCUGGAAAUAGUUUGAAGUAUGGAGAGCCUAUCCUGUGGACCAAGGUAGAUUUGCUCAAAGUACUGAAACAUGUCAACAUUGUGGCCUACUCGGGGACAUGCUUGGAAGAGAAUACCGUAAACAUUUUCGUGGAUUUUGUUCUCCGUGUUUCAAUCUCUAGUAUUAUAAAUCAUUUCAGGCCAUUGCCUGAAAUGGUGUUCUGUAAAUAUACAAAACAAAUUCUACAGGGUGCUGCUUAUCUCCAUGAGGACUGUGUGGUGCAUUGAGAUAUCAAAGGAAAUAAUGUCAUGCUCAUACCAACCGGAAUAAUAAAGCUGAUUGACUUUGGCUGUGCCAAGCGUUUGGCCUGGGCAGGCUUAAAUGGCACUCACUGUGACAUGCUUAAGUUCAUGCAUGGGACUUCAUAUUGGAUGGCCCCAGAAGUCAUCAAAGAGUCAGGCUAUGGAAGGAAGUUGGACAUCUAGAGCACUGGCUGCACUGUGUUUGAGAUGGCCACAGGAAAUCCUCUGCUGGCCUCCAUGAAUGGUAUGGCCGCCGUGUUUUACAUCGGAGGGCACCAGCCUUUGCCAGACUACUCAGAGCAGGCAGUGGACUUUGCGCAUGUGUGCCUAACUGGCAGAGGUCUCCGCAUGGUGUGGGGAGAGGGUGGCCAUGGGCAUUGUGAGCUGGUGUGCGUGGAGCACUGGGAUGAGAGCUGCGGGGCCAGGCCGUCUCCAGAGCUGCCCUCUGCCCCCGACCUUGGUCCAGAUGCCAUGACAGACACACCAGUGGAGGAAUCCCUCUUCCAAAUCAUCCACUGCUACCACCAGUACGUGGCACGGGAAGGGGACGUGGAGACCCUGUCCCUGGAGGAGCUGAGGUCCUUGCUCAUGGACAACGUGCCCCACUUCAUGGAGAGCUUGGGCCAGAUCAAGGCCACCUCUUCCGUCCUGUGGGACACCCUGCACAACUCCGGGGCUCGUGGCUUUGUCCUUUCCCUCAUCCUGCACCUCCUGUGUGGCAUGGCAGAGCAUGGCCGGAAGGAGCCGUACUACAUCUCAGAGUUGUUCUGGGCAGCGGACAAGAACAAGGACAACCAGAUCUGCUUUGAGGAGUUCCUCUAUGUCCUGGGCAAGCUGGUAAGGGACUACCACUGGCAGUACCACCGACAGCUCUGCACCCACUACUGCCCCCAGCACGGCCUCUACUAG